AUGGAGGUGAUAGACGCCAGCGGCGACUGUGGAGAAGCCUUGGCGUCGGCCUUGCGGAUGCUCGGAGCGGUCCAGCUGAGGCUCCCGAAUUGGCGCCAGGAGGUGCACGCGGAGUCGUUCCGCGUCGCGCGCCCCGCCUUGGAGGAUGCGGCGGCCGGCACGGGUCCGCACCGGCUGGCGCCGGGGGCUGACUCUGCGGAUGCCACAGGCACACACCCAGCUGGCGCGCUGUCGCGCUACAACGCGAGCCGAGCAGGGCUCAUCUUUUCCAACGGCGAAGUGUUCGACGUCGACACCCCUGGUGUGCCGGCGGGCGGCUUCUCGCGCCAGAUGGAGGCCUUCUUCGAGGCCCAGUGCUCGCUGGCGGAGCAGGUGCUGCGCGGGCUGGAGGCGUCGCUUGGCGUCCAGCGAGGCUGGUUCGCCUCUGCCAUGGGCGACCUCCGGCGCCAUUCGCAGUGGCACAUCAAGUGCUUCGUGGGCGCGGCAGCAGACUCGUCCCACAGGCGCAUGCAGGACGGCCGCGUCGUAUUGCUGCCCAUGCACACCGACCCCUCGAUUAUCAGCCUGGUCGUGCACGACCGCGAGGGGAUGCACCCUGGAGCGAUGGGCCUCGAGGUGUGGAGGUCAGAGGAUCGGGCCUGGCUCGAGGCCCCCUGGUGCGGCCACGGCGUGGCCACGCUCUUCGUGGGGUCGGUGCUCGAGCGCAUAUCGGGAGGCUCCCUGCGGGCAGCGCGCCACCGCGUCGUGUCUGCGAGCGGCGACGCCGCUGGCGCUUCCCCGCGCGUCGCCGCCACCUUUUUCUUCCGGCCGGCCCCGGAGGCGGUCUUGUCCCCCGACCAUCCCAUCGCCCGGCGUUCCGCGCACGAGCCUCUCUGCGCGGGAGACCACCUGGGCGGAGUGGAGGCGGCUCAUCGCCUCCCGCUACGAGGGGGCGCCCCCUCGGAAGGGCGGGCGCGGUGCAGGCCGCGGCCGCGGCCAGGUGGGAGCCAAGGAGCCGUCUGGCGGCCUCGGCUCUACGGGCGAAGGGGCGACGCAAAAGUAGUCUCCCAGCGCAGAUCCGAAGAUGGACAGUUUUUUUUUGCGACUGGCCUUCUCUGUGGAUGCAGGCUACUUUGGUUAUGA